AUGCCCAACAGCGACGCAGGGCUGUGCCACAUCCCCUCAGGACGCAGACCCCAUUGCUCUGACAGCUCUAUGGCCCCCGGCCGCGCUGUGUGCCAGCUCUGUGCCCUCUGCCUGCAGGACGCUGUGCUCAGCGCCUGUUACCGCGGCUGCCGGCUGUUCUCCAUCUGUCACUUUGUGGAUGCGAGUGCGGGGCUGAACACCACCAGGGCCGAAUGUGAGGCAGCGUGCGCAGAGGCCUACGUUGGAGAGGAGGAGCAGUGGGGCUGCAGGACUGGGUGCCACGAGCAGCUGCCUCACGUGCAGAGGAAGGAGCAGAGCGCAGAGGUGAAGGCGCCGUCGCUCUCGGUGCUGGAUUUGGUCUCUUCUUUCUGCACCGACAUCGUCAGCUCUGCCCACAGCUUCAUCUCCUCCACGUGGACCUUCUACCUGCAGGCGGAUGAUGGGAAAGUGGUGGUGUUCCAGUCGCAGCCCCACAUGGAGUUCCCACUGCCUGAAGCUCAGAUGACCCAACCAGAGUGGCCCGAACCAGGGGCCGAUGCCCACUCCCCCCAACCCCACGCAGGCCCCCAGCAGAAGGAGGAAAAGUCCCCCCCUAGGAAGGAGCCGUGGGGCAAAGCCAAACCCAUGGAUACACCACAGCCAGAGCACGACUUCCUGGGCUGCAUGGCCAAGCGCUCCGGCCUCCCCCGCUGGAUCCUGGCCGCCUGCCUCUUCCUCUCCAUCGUGGUGAUGCUGUGGCUGAGCUGUGCCAGCCUGGUGACCGCCCCCGAGCAGCACGUCAGGACUCAGCCUCUGAGCAUCAAUGGAGACAGGGAGUGCCUGGAGGACCCGCGUGGCCCCAGUGUGUUCCCACUGCCGCCCGUCAUCGCCGUCACUCUGUGCCCCACACACGGCGAGGAUGUGGGGCCGCUGCCACUCAAGGUCGACCUGGACAAGACCAUCCUGUAGUGCUCCACCUCUCCCCAUCGCCUCCCCAUCACCUCCCCAUCACUUCACUGCCGCUGUCCCCAUGCCGGUCCCCCUUCCGAUCCCAUCCUUCUGCCUCCAUCGGCCACAGCCUGGAACUUUCCCCCUCCGUCAGCACCGCUGCACUCUGCAAUCCCGCUGCCCAGAGCCCAGCGACCACCGCCAGCAUGGAAGGGGGGAGCGCAGCCCCGGGCCCCCCUCUGGGCACGGCUCCAGCGGGGCAGAGGCAGCGCCUGGGGGGGCUUUGGCUCGGCACAGCCCGGCCCCCACCUCGAGCUGAGCCCCCGCGGCGCCGGCCCCGGUCCUGGGAACUCCCUUCCGCCGAUGGCCCCGCGGGAGCCGGAACGUGGCCAAUGGAUUUGGUGUUGGCAGCCAAAGCGGAGAGAGCAGCCGAUCCGCCGCCCCCGUGCCCAUGUGAGCACCAGGCCGGGCCCUGGUGGGGGCUGCAGGGCGCUCUGGGAUGGUUCUGUGCUCUCCCCACUCCAUGACACCGGCGGGGGGCACUGGGUGGUGACAGAGUGACAUUUCCCAUCUUCUUGUUCCUGGAUGAUCCAUCUCGCACAUCUCCACAGCAUCCCACAGGGCAGGACCGGGUGGCACUGACCUCGUGCCCCCAUGAGGGAUGAGGACCGGUGUCCGGGGGGCCCCGUUGUGCAGCCCCCCACCCGCAGCAGUGCUCAGGGCACGCGGGGCCGUCUCCCCUCUCCCCAUCUCCAUCACUUUGUGCAUUGUUCUGUGUUUGAUUCGCACCGGCAUGCAGUCUGCCAGGCCCCGGGCACCCCGUGGUGGCACCCCAGCCCCCCACCUCCCCCCAACAAGUGGUACAGAGUAACUUAUUGCCCGUGCCCCCUCCUGUCGGUUCCUACGCUCGCCCCGUGUCAGGGGACAGUGAUGUAUGUCGUUGUGGGGUGAAGGGGCAUCCCUGGAGGUGUCCCCCAGCCCCACCAAUUUUGUGCUGCUCCAUAUCACAGUGCAACAUAUCUGGGUUGGGGAGUGGGCUGGGGGGUGCUGCUGGUGGGGGUCUCGUGUCCGCAGUUGGGGUGCACUUCUUGGUGUUGCUUUCUGGCAGCUCAGCUCGGUGUUGGUGCAGUCUGUGUUGUCCCGACCCCCCCUCAUUUGCAGAGUCCCAGGGGUGCAGUGUCCCCUCCGGGCAGUUCCCCCCCUCCUACACACUGAGAUGGGUGCAGGAAGCAAACCCGGCCCCACACUGCGAGCAGAGCGCGGGUCGGACACGGGAGGAGAAAUAAAAGGUUUGUACCAGGCUUGGCCCGGUGGUUUCUGGGU